CCCCUCCUGUUCACCCGGGAACUCAAACUUCCAGAAUUUGUAUAUUUGACACAUUUCAUUUUCCAAGGUGACUGCCAGUUUCUAGGUUAUCUUUUGACCUUCCGAGUAAACUCUUUUAUAAGUUUGUGAAUAAAUUUUUGUAAAGGGAUAGUAUACUAUAUUUUUAAAUCACACACUUACUUCAUUAUAAUGGCAUCUCUAGGAAAGAAAUUGUUUGACCAAUUAAAAAGUAAGGAAUUUCGUACUUAUUUGAUGAGUACUCACUUCUGGGGACCAGUUGCGAAUUGGGGAAUUCCACUUGCGGCGAUUGCAGACACCCAGAAGAGCCCAGAAUUUAUCAGUGGGAAAAUGACAUUGGCUCUAUGCAUCUACUCUGCGAUGUUCAUGCGAUUUGCGCUGCGGGUGCAACCUCGCAACAUGCUGCUCUUCGCCUGCCAUCUGACCAAUGAGUGUGCUCAACUCACACAAGGAGCACGAUUCAUCAACUACAACUAUUUGAGUGACAACAGCCUGUCCAAAACCGAACAGAAGAAGUAGAAAGACGUCUCUGAUUAUUUCCUCCAGUUGGUUCAAAUUAUUGUACAGUAGCUUGUUUUUUUGGUACGGUAGCUAAAAUUUAAAUAAUUAAUAGACAGUUGUUUUAAGAGCCAAGCUCUCUGCAUGUUGAAUGGAUUAUAUUUAAGCAUUUUUUUUCAACUCACUUGAGUAUAAUUUACAAAUCGUUGAGUACAAAAUCUUUGAAUAAGUAUUAACUUCACUGUCUGAAUAUCAGUAUGUAUCCAGUGUAAAUAAUACACUAAAAAUGUACAUAUAAUAAAUGAUGUAAAUAAACUGCACAAUAUUUAUUAUAUCUAUCUAAUGUACACUUUAAACAAAAUUAUUUUCCAAACAUUCUGAAGAAUAUAUAUCGAUAAUGAUUAAUACUGAUUAUUAUUGUUGGAAUGCUAAUGAUUUAGUUACUGUUUAUACAUCAGGUAGAACAUUGUUUUUUAUGAGGUGUUAGGGAAGAUGAAAUGAGAGUUUUCCGUUACCCUUUUUUAUACUUUUGCUGAAAGGAUUCAUGAUUUUGUAGCGACUGUCGAGCAUUCAUUUUAUCAUAUUAAGCUUUCUAUUAUUUGCAAAUAAAACGGGUUAACAUUAUUUUUUGAAAUAAUGUGUUGGAACGACGGAUUUUUGAUCAUUUUAUGUCCUAAAUUAUUGGAGGUUUUUCAUUUGAAAUUAUUAGUUCCUAUACUGUAAACCUCUCUUUCCCUGAUACAAACUCUUUGUUAGCACAUAAACUAUUUAAAUUUAAAGCAGGAAUUUACUUGAAGGUCUAUGCUUUCCAACAUACAGUUUAUUGAUUCAUAAGCUGGAAAAUAUUAAGGAUGUUUAUAAGUUUGAUUUUCAAGAAAACAUUCCAGUAACAAACAGUUCAACUGUAUUAUUUGUAUAUUUUGACUUAUUUUAACUCCAAUAAUUUAAUUCGAAACAUGAAAAAUCGUUGCUAGUAUAUAUUUGAAAUAUAUGAACUAUUUUUUUAGCCCGAACCAACUUUGGCAUAGAAUUUUUAACAUUGUUACAUUAACAUUGUUAAUAAAAUAAUAUUCCGGGAAUAUUAAAAAGUAUUGAAGGAAUACUAUAGUAAAGUAGCUUCCAAAGGAAAAACUUUCAAACAAGUUUUUAUAUGUGAGAAAACAAUUCACUUUGAAUUAGAUGAGAGAAUUCAUUACGGCAUUGUUAAUAUUGUUCGUGAUCCUGGAAUCAUAACUUUUUGAUUUGAUUAUUUUCAAUCCCCAACCGUUUUUAUUUGAUAAUGCUAGAUGACGUUUUGUUGGAUAAUUUUUCAAGUUUUUAUAUUCUUAGUUUUUCUAAGCUGAUGAAGUGAUCCAAUCCAUUCCAAUAAUUUUCUAAUGGAAAUUGUUACAAAAUUGUAAAUACUUGUUUAUUUUAUACAUUGAUACAUACAAUAUCAUUCUCAACUAUGAAUGAUAUUAUUUUGUAGAAAAAUAUAUGAUAUUUAUUUUAUUCAUUUAUAAGAUGGAAAUUUGGAUUAUAUGGAGUCUUCAGAAUAUAAUUCUAUACAUUAAUUAGAUAAAAUACUAAAGAUACAGAAUUUCUAUUAUUUUUUCAAGAGUUGAGAAAAUGCAAUAUUCAGCUUCAUUUGUGAUGAGGAAAAUGUGAUAAUGUAUUGUGGGGGGGGGGUUGGUUUAGUGGAAUAAAUCGAGAUAAUAAAGGUAGCUGAAAAAAGACUUAUUAUGAGAACCAAAUUAAUGACAAUCUGAUUGAAUGAUAAUAGCGAUAUUAUUAAUUAUAGAAUCAAACGAAAUGACGCCAUCAAUGCUAGAAUAAAUUAGGACCGUAUUCACAGUCCACUCAAAAUGUAAUACCUACAUUUUAAAUACGUUUCAUUGUCUGUCUAUCACUGAUGAAGUUCCUAUCUAUAAAUCAAAUUUGUCAAAUACAUGAUUGUAUUAUAAUAAUGACAACUCAUUUGUUAUAUUAAUACCUUAUAACUUCUUCCAUAGAAACAGUACCUGUGAUUUUAGAUAUUUUUUUGAAAAAUAAAAAUAUUUUUGUCAUGAU